AGUGUUACGGAUUUAAAUAUUCAUAUAUCGUGGUACAGUUAAAAAUUAAUAGAAAUUCUGUUUACUUGUGAUUUUUUGUAGUUUUUUAUGGGGAAGACUAACCAUGUAACACCAAGUAAAGUCUUCUUCCGCCAACAAAAAUAAUGUUAAAAUGGAGCUCCAGGAAAAAAUAUCGGUUCCGAUUUUUACUGCAGUAGAGAGAGAAGUGUUUCUACAGGACGUUUAUCCUCUGCGCAGACCGGCUGUCCUGAGAGGGGUGGACUUGGGGCCAUGUGUUGAAAGAUGGACAGUUGAAUAUCUUGGCAACAGAGGAGGUGACAGGGACGUGAAGAUCCACGUCUCCUCAGAAGCUCAGAUGGAUUUCCUUCACAAGAACUUUGUCUACAAGACUCUGCCUUUUAAUGAAUUUGUUAAAAGAGCAUCUGAGAUGAACCACACAGAUUUCUUCCUGAGUGAGGAUGAGAGCUACUAUCUCCGAUCUCUGGGAGAGGACAUCAGGAAGGAACCUGCUGAGUUGAACAAACAGUUCCCAGCCUUGGCUGAUGAUUUUCACAUCCCACCAUUCUUUGAGCUGGAGCAGUUCUUUUCCAGUGUCUUCCGGAUCAGCUCAUGUGGUCUGCAGCUGUGGACACACUAUGAUGUGAUGGACAACCUGCUGGCUCAGGUGACAGGAAGGAAGAGAGUGGUGCUUUACAGCCCCCAAGAUGCAUUGCACCUCUACCUGUCUGGUGAUAAGUCGGAAGUCCUGGAUAUCGAUGCUCCUGACCUGAAACGGUUUCCUGAGUUUGUGAAGGCAAGGAGAUAUGAAUGUGUUCUGGAGCCUGGAGAUCUGCUGUUUAUUCCAGCUCUGUGGUUCCAUAACACCCUCGCCCUGCAGUUUGGAGUAGGUGUUAAUGUGUUCUGGCGCCAUCUUCCGGCUGACAGCUACGACAAAAAGGACCCUUAUGGUAACAAAGACCCUGUGGCUGCUGCUCGGGCUCUUCAGACCCUGGAGAGGGCUCUUCACUGUCUGGAUGAACUUCCAGCUGAGUACAGAGACUUCUACGGCCGGCGGAUGAUCCAACGCAUCCAGAAACAAACUCACUGUGACGAGAAGAACACUACAUUACCCAGCAGCCCGCUCACUACACCAGCAUGAUGUAACCAGAACUUCUGCCUGCAGAAUAAAGAUCCAGGUUCUCA